AUGACUCCUGGUAUGCCUGGUAUGCGUGCUCUCUCCGGGCUGGACAGCGAUGAUGAGCUCGAGGAUGAAGAACGCCUCCGCCUCGGACUUGCCGCUGCACUCAUUCUGGGUGCCCUCGACUCGCAACUUACUCGGGCAACAAACCACCGUCAAACCUACCUCACAUGCCCUGAGCUCAUGCCCGAUCCACGAAUCAACACUCCAUGGCAGCACAUUACUGAGUGGAACUUGACCUGCAUUUGGCCCGUUUCUAACGGUGUACCCGGGCUCGGCCGGAGCACUCCGGGUCUACCGUUUGGAGCGGCCGCCGCCAGCAACGAACUGGCCGGAGGGAGGGUGGUGGUUUGGAAUGGUCCGGCCGGAGUGUUGGGUAACGUUCCGGCCGGAGCUCUGGUGAACGUACCGGCCGGAGGCCUCGAGAAAUAUGGGUUUCCUACGGUCCGGCCGGACUGUUAUCCAACGUUCCGGCCGGAGCUCUGGUCAACGGUCCGGCCGGAGGCCUCGAAAAAUUUAGGCUUCCUACGGUCCGGCUGGACACAUAUUCAAUGUUCCGGCCAGACCUUUGAUCAGUGUCCCAGCCAGAGGCCUCAAAAAUUUGGGCUCUCAAUGGUCCGGCCGGAGCACUCAGCAAUGGUCCGGCCGGCACACUCAGCAAUGAUCCGGCUGGAGGCCUCCAAAGAUUUGGGUUCUCAAUGUUCCGGCCAGGACCGGGGGUUGAUAUCUAACCUUCUGGCCGGACCCCAGAUGAAAUGGUCCGGCCAGGCAAAAUUCCACCUUCCAAACAUCUGGCCAGAAGCCUUGCGGAAUCUGGGCUGUAAACAAUCUGGCCAGGCUAGUUUAGCUGAACCACCGAGCUCAGAGUUGAGCCACCAAGCUCGGUAUCAAACCACCACCGAGCUCAAUACUAGGCUCGGUGGCCGAGAAAACUUGGCCGGGCUCGGCGCCGAGGAUAAAUGGCCGAGGCUCGGGCCGAGGUUUCAAGCGCCGAGCUCGGUGAAAACCACCGAGGUAAAGGGCCGAGCUGAGUGUUCAAUGACCGAGUUUGUUGUUGAAGCACUGAGCUCGGAAAUGGCCGAGGUUAAACCACCGAGCUCGGUGAAAAACGGCCGGGCCGUCAGAUUGCCAUAUAAGGAAAUUUGGUAUCAUCUGGUAGCCCUUCAUUCACAGAGUACAGUAUAUGUUCCCUAG